AUGGACCGGCCCCCCGAAGCCCGGUCGAAGGGGUCGUCAGGGCCCGGCGACACCAUGGGCAGCCGUGCAGUCUCCAGCCCCAUCAGUUACAGCCGCGAUGCAAGUACCAUCAACCAGACUCCAUCGACGCCCCUCCUAUUAAGUCCAGAUUCUGCGGGCCAUCUCGCUCCCCCGAGCGAUCCUCUCCUCGACAUCCCUCCAGACGCACCGCCGCCGUCGUACGAAGAAGCCACUGGCAUCUCGCCAGCCUCCUUAAGUAGGCCGGUGCCCCCGGUGCCCGGAGCAAGUCCUUCGCCGGGCAGUGCCCCGUCACCGGGCGCUGGUCUGCCACCGUCGAUGGCCCACAACAGCAACAACCUAGCUGUACCCAGCGGCCACCCAUUACGACCUGCCGCCUCGAAUGGCCACCUGGGCGCAAACGGUGGACGCCGCACAAGCGCGGGGAGCAGUACCAACGCGAACGCGCGGCUGAGCAGCGGGAGCCUUGGUGCAGGCUCGUCGCGGCCCGCCGUGGCCGGCGGCUUUGGCAGUGUCAGUUCGAGCCAUCUACCCGGCUACCAACAAGCAGACGGAGGUACGUUUGGCGGCAAGCCCGGACAACCGCGACCAGCGACGAGUGCGGGCGGCGGCGGCGGUGGUGGCAGCAGCAGCAGCAGCAGCGGCAACGGUGGCAGCGGUCCUGGCCGACGCCCGGCCCCCGGCUCGGUUCCGACGGGCCGCCAGUUUCCAGCCGCAUUCAACCUGUAUGGCGACAACUAUUCGCGCGUGUACUUUUUGGGCGAGCACCAGCAGACGCCCCUGUACGCCGUGCGCAUGCGGCCCCUGUGGCAAAUGUCGAAUCCCGUCAUCGCCCUGCACAACGGGCCCAAUCCGGAGACGUCGCCCUUGCUGGCGGCGGUCGACUAUGUCCCCAUGUCGGACCACAUGUCCAUCACGCUGCCACCGCCCCUGACGUACCGGGGCGGAUCCACGGCCGUGCGCCUCGACAUCGUGCUGGGCUGGUCGCACUUUUAUACCUUCACCAUGGAGGUCGGCACCGACCCGCGCAACGUCCACCGCGAGACCUUUGAGUGGCGCCACAGCUACGGCAAUGCCGUGGCGGCGCUGGGCGGCGCGCGUGAGGGGUGGAAGCUGGUGCGCAUGAGCACGGCGCCCCUGCCUGGCGCACCCCGGGCGCAGCCCGCCCCUGGCUUUGUGUCGUCCGAUGGACGCGAGGUCGUGGCGAUGUACUCGGACGCGCGGAUGAGCAUGACCAAGCAGCUCAAGUUUGCCUACGUGGGCACCGGACUGACGGGGGCGCUGGGCGAGCGGUGGUCGGUGAUGGCGGCGACGAGCGCGCUGGCCAUCUGGGAAAAGGAGGAGGCUGUUCGCAACCGACAUUAG